CCGCACCCGGGAUCUGGGCCGGCGAACCCCGGGCUGCCGAGAAGUGGAACGUGCGAACUUAACCGCUGCGCAUCGGGGCCAGCACCUGCAUUCAUUUCUUAAUGGGGGCCUUGGCUAGUUCAUAACCUCUCUGAGUCUCAGUUUUCUCACUUGGGAUUUGGGGAUGACAGAGUUUUUGUGAGGUAGAUUGAAUAGUGUCUUGCAUGGGGUGGGCUAUUGUGCAGUGAAUGGAUAAACAUUUGCUAUAUUAACAAACAAACAAAUAAAUAAAUCAGUCAGAUGUUACAUGUGAAAGGGUUCCAUCAAUAGGCAAAUGCUAAAUAAACAUGAAAAAUUGGUGUUAUGAUUGUAUUUGUUUUGUCACAGGGCUCUUCUCUGAGAUCUGACUUCUUCAAGUGAAAUCCAUGGCCAGUACAAAUAACGUGACUGAGUUAAUAUUCACUGGCCUUUUCCGGGAUCCAGAUGUGCAGAGAGUGUGUUUUGUGGCAUUUCUCAUUGUGUACUUGGCCACAGUGGUGGGCAAUGGCCUCAUCGUUCUGACGGUUAGCAUCAGCAAAAGUCUCAAUUCCCCCAUGUACUUCUUCCUAAGCCAGCUGUCUCUGGUGGAGAUCAGUUACUCCUCUACGGUUGUCCCUAAAUUCAUCACAGACUUACUUGCCAAGAUUAAAACCAUCUCCCUGGAGGGCUGUCUGGCUCAGAUAUUCUUCUUCCACUUCUUUGGAGUCACUGAGAUCCUCCUGCUUGUGGUGAUGGCCUAUGACCGCUAUGUGGCCAUCUGCAAGCCUCUUCAUUAUAUGAACAUUAUGAGCCACCAAGUGUGUCAAGUACUGGUGGCUGGUUCCUGGCUGGGAGGCUUUGUUCACUCCAUAAUUCAGAUUCUCAUCACCAUCCAAUUGCCCUUCUGUGGUCCCAAUGUGAUUGACCACUACUUCUGUGAUCUCCAGCCAUUGUUCAAGCUUACCUGCACUGACACCUUUGUGGAGGGGGUUAUUGUGUUGGCCAAUAGUGGCUUAAUUGCUUUGUGCUCCUUCCUCAUCUUGGUGACAUCCUAUAUUGUCAUCCUGGUCAACGUUAGGAACCAUUCUGCAGAGGGAAAGCGCAAAGCCCUCUCUACCUGUGCCUCUCACAUCACAGUGGUCAUCUUGUUCUUCGGACCUGCCAUCUUCUUCUACAUGCGACCCUCCUCCACCUUCACUGAGGACAAACUAGUGGCUGUGUUCUAUACUGUCAUCACCCCAAUGCUGAACCCCAUCAUCUACACACUCAGAAAUGCUGAGGUGAAAAUGGCCAUGAGGAGGUUGAGGGGCAAAAAGGAAAACGUAGGGAUGGAGUGAAAAUGUGAAAGUGAAUAAAAAAUGUGUGUCUGAUUAUUCCCUGUUCUUGAAAUGGAUUUUGAUUUUAGUGGGACAUUCACACAUGGCGGAAACAAAUAUAAGGACUUAACGUAACUGCUGAUGUGAUUGUCCUUAGUAACCAAAGACUAUGCUAUGUUUAUCUAGUGUUCCAAGGGACAGAGGUCAGACUGGCUCGAUGAUAUCCAACAAUAUACUGGUAUUAGGUAACAUGAAGACUCAAACUAAGUGCAAAUGCAAAGGAGAACAUCUUGACAAAUAUUUUGUAGGUUAUUCACUUUUUCCUCUGACCACCAUCCAUGCUUUCUUCUUUCCUUUCUUCCUUCCUUCCUUCCUUUUCCUCCCUUUGUUCAAUCUCCCUCAUGAUAACAACCUAGAUUUCAUUAAGAAAGGAAACCAAAUAGAAGAAUUGUUGGUG